ACAGGCGCUUGACACCGCAGAGUCCUCAGACGCGGCGCGCAGAGGGAGAGCAGACCCAAUCAGGAGGCGAUAAGGAACCCAGAAGUCCGUUAUUGAUCGGAACCGGAGUCCAUUCAUCGUCAGCGUGUGUGUUUUCCGUCCUCCUUCCUCUGAGCGGACCACGGUCUUCGGGAUAUAUUUAUUUAUUUUCGCAGGCGCGCAACUUUUACGCACCGGCUGUGGAGCUGCAGACAGGGGCGCGUCAUAACCGGGAGUUAGGAGAGCACGCGAGUGUGACCAUGUCCAUCAUGCGAACUGCAAAAACUGAGCUCAGAUGCAUCCGCUGCUGAAACAAGCCGUCAGAGACUUAGACCUGGUCUGGAACUGAGCAGUGCCAAAAUGAGUCUCUCGUGCAGGACCGUCUUACACAUGAUCUUGGCGACAGUCUCGUCAGUGCUGACACAAGAUAUGAGCACCAAAGAGCUGAGUGACAGUAAGAGCCUUAUGCCUUUACCCAUCUUUCUGCCGGUCAGCUAUGAGGUGCGUGAUGCCGACUACCUCUUCCUGAAGGAAGCCGGACAGGACUUUAUGAGAAACAGCAGCAUGAAGACCCAUACACAGCCCUUUGUCAUCCUAAAAGCCAGUCGCCCGCCGGUGGUCAAUGUGAGCUACAGUACGAUGUCCGCCGAGCAAGUAGUGCCUCUUGAUCUUCUCCAGAGCGUUCAGCUGUUCAACGCUCCCGAGGUCUUUACCUUCAACUGGAAGAUCCUGUCUUUUGUGCUGACCCCUCGGGUUUUCUCUUCCAAGCCCAAAGUGCGAAUUCUGUUUUACGUCGCCGGAAGGGAUUGGGGCAGACAAGAGAGUACUUUGGAUGAGCUACCGUGUGUAUCCGUUUAUGCCUUUUGGCAAACUCAAGAGGUGAGGGGUUCCUGCGCGCUCGGAGGGGAGAAGGCCACCUGCAUGGCUGAGCUGUCUCCGCCCCCUGGAUGGUUCGCUCAAGGGUCGGAUAGCAGUAGUCGGGAAAGACAGGAUCCUUCUGCCGGGAACCCUGUGGAAGUGUACUACCAGGCCCGACCCAAAGUCAGCGGGAAGUGCGCCUUUGUGGACGGGGGUCGAUGGGGACCGCCGACGGAGUUUGUCCCGGUCUCUCCCAUGAAAAGGAUUGGAAGCGUGCGUCUGCUGCAGGUGCCGAAAGGAAUGGCAACCCUUUCCCGACUCAAGCUGGGCAACUCCAUCAUCAUCCGCACGUCCUCGAAACCACUGAAGACCACCGACAUCGCCACCUUUUACGUGCUGAUGGCCAGCUCGGCUCAGCUGAGCAACUUCACACUGAGAUCAACGAUCACCAAAGGAGUGGUCUUCAGAACAGCGACGCCCAGUAACUCAGCUCUGUGGGAUAUAACGCUGGACAAAGGUGCAGAUGGCUCCAUCGCUGUGACCUGUCAGAGGAAAGGUCCCAUACCUGGAAAAAGACUGGACAGCAGCCUGAUCGAUGUGCUUCAGAUGGAUUUCGAGGUGGAGGAGCUGAGCAGUCCUCUGGACAGUCAGGUGAUCGUAUGGCGUCUGGAGCUCCCAUCCGGAUCCAAAACUAUAUCCAAGACCGAAGGAGCCAUGAGGAUCUACACCACACAGAGGGACUUUGUGGGCCUUGCUCCACUCAUCAUGGACACGGACAUAUUGAACACAGCCGUUCUGACAGGGAAGAAGGUGGUGAUGCCCGUGAGGACGGUGGCCGUGGAAGAGGACGGAGUGGUGACGGACGUCUCCGACUACACGGACUGCAACUCCAGUGAUGAAGAUGUUCUCAAGGUGUCCGACAGGUGCGACUACGUUUUCCUGAACGGGAAGGAGACGAAGGGCAAAGUGAAGAUGAUGGUGAACUUCACGUACAGCCACCUCAGUGCCCAGAUGGAGGUGAACGUGUGGAUGCCCCGACUGCCUCUACAGAUCGAGGUCUCAGACACAGAGCUGAGCCAAAUCAAAAGCUGGAGGGUCCCAAUACUGACAUCUAAAAGGUCUGGCUGGAAGAGCGAGGAGGAUGACAAGAAGGGGAAGGGCUGCAUGCUGCAGUUCCAGCACGCUACGGUGCGCGUGUUAACCCACUUCGUGGCCGAGCAAGAGGACCCUCGGGACCCCAAGGCCUACUUCUUGGGUGCGGACUGGCAGGUGGACGUCACAAGACUGGUCAGAUACUUCAUGAAGGUGGAAGACGCUCGUGUCGCCAGGCUACAGGCUGGAAGAGUUCUGGCAGGACGAGAUGUUGGAGCCACCUCGAUACAGGUUUUCUCGCCACUUUCCGACACAGUCUUGGCCAAGACAACCAUAAAAGUCACGGAUGACAAGGUGACCAUUACAGAGAUGGGGGUCCAGCUUGUUACUGGCCUCUCCAUGAAUCUGCAGCUCAGCCCAGGGAGCAACAGAGCCAUUCUGGCAACCACAACCACGCUGGAGACUUUACGAGCUCCGAAGCAGGAAGCGCUGGUCAGUGCUUGGGUCCAGUUCAGUGACGGCAGCCAGACGCCUCUUGACAUUUAUGAUUCAGCCUGCUACCGCGUGACCGUGACGUCUCUGGACGAGGGAGUGGUGUCGGUGCAGAGAGCGCCGCUAGCUGUGGUGGCGGAAGGCGAGGGGGAGGGCGAUCUCGUCAGAGUGGAAAUGUCCAUCUGCGAGGUUUGCCAGAAGUCCAAGCGCAAAAGCACGGUGGCGGUGGGGAAUGGCAGCCUGAGGGUCAAGUUCAACGGCCGGCGCGGCGAGAGCGACACCAGAAGUACUGAGAGCAUGGCCGAAGUCAGCAAGGACAACAGCAGCGACUACGGAAAUGACGGGGAGGAGAUUGAGAUUCAGCAGAAGCAGAGGAAGCCACCUCAGGACCCUCCGCCGCCCAGCGCCACCUUGGACAGAGAGGAGAGCGCCAUGCAGAAAAUCACCACCACAUCCAAAUCCACUGAACGCACUUAUAUAACCAGUGGAAGCCUUGGAGGGGUGGGGAAGAUAAGUAGUCCAACCAGUGAGGGGAACAUCCGCAUGAUGAGCAGUCCAAGUGACAGCAGCAAAACGUACCCCUCUGACAACAUGGUGGAGGGAGAAGCUAGCUUCACUAGCACGGUGAAGCCCCCCGGUAACCUGGUCAAUGCAAACAAUUUCCCCACGAAGGUUGUAAAUCCUGGACAGAAGACCCCUGAAGUAGAGAUUGAAGGGGGGGAGAUGUCGGCCAACAGGCCCCUGACAGACUUGGAGAUCGGAAUGUACGCUCUUUUAGGGGUUUUUUGCUUGGCUAUUCUGGUUUUCCUGGUCAACUGCAUUUCAUAUGUUGUUAAAUUCAGGCAGAAGAAACCCUCUCAAGGUCAGGAGCCCACAGGGCACAGACAUGACUGGGUGUGGCUGGGCACAGACGCUGAGCUGGUGAUGAGUGUCCCCGGUAGCCCUGUGCAGCAAGACUCCCGCACCACCACCACCGUCAUCGACAUCGGGCCGGAGAAAACCGCCUCUUUGUCCAGGAGGCCCAGUUGCCUGGCCUCGGUGACGGACUCACCCGUGACCUGCGCGAGUUCUCAGAGAAGCAAAACGAUGUUCACCGACUCCCUUCACUCGCCCACCAGCAAGAGAAAGAGAGUCCACUUCACGACAUUCUCCUCCAUGGAUCGCCAGCACUCGCCGCAGUUCUCUCAGCGGGAGAACGGUCACGGCAUCCACUGGGUUGGAAAGCAGGACAGUUGUGAGGAGGAACCUCAAGUGCCCAUCAUAGAACCAGACCACCUGCAACACAGAACCUGAUCAGACCUCACAUUAGAGACUAUGUGGCUUGGACCACCUCAAUGCCUUUGUAAGCUAAAAAAAAAAAAAGAACAACAAAACAAGUCAAUAAAGACCACGGAGAGUUAACACCACACUCCCUGUCACAUUUCAUACCUGUCAAGGCCUUCGCGUGUACAUAUGCUGUAUAUUCCUGUGAAUAUUGGAGGAAAACUGUGCUUGUUUCGGACCCACUGUUUCAUUUCACUUGCACUUGCUCCUAUUGAAAAACACUUCAAGAGAUUACAAGACCAUGUAGUAGUGAAGUCUUUGGAGGCAAAAAAAAAAAAAAGACGGAUAUGUGUUAAACCAAAUUGUAGCCAUGACUAUAUCUUGUUUGAUUAUGACUAUUAAGGAGUGUUUCUUUGUAAUAUGACUGGUAUUUUUUUCAUUAAACAUCUAAUCUAUAAUCACCAUGCCCUUUUAUUUCACCUCACAUGGUAGUAUAAAAACAUAAAUACUGUAGUUUGGGUAUCAUCCAGCUGCUUACAUGAGACAUUUUUGGUGGCGACUAUGAGUUGAUAAGUAAAUGCUGGAUAUUGACAUACUCAAACAUGUUGAAUAUUACCCUCUACCGCAUGAGUUCUGAGGUGUUUUUUUUUUUUUUUUUUGGGACCCUUUAAUAUAUAAAUUCUGGUUUUACAGGAAUACAAUUUGGCCCCUGAAAUGAAAGACACAGCACCUUCAACUCAGUUAUUUACAGGUCCAACAUGAGGCACGGCUACAUGCAGUAGCAGGCUAUACAUUCACACCAGUCUCAAUGCACACAGAAGCUGUGUCAAAGAUACACGACAGUGCGAGAAAUAUUGACUUAAUGAGGGAGCUUUUCAAUAAAUCAAUUCAGUCCGGUUUUGUAUCGUGUCAGAUCUGUAUUAUAUCAGAGUCUAAUCCCGGAUCCAAAUCCAUAAACACAGGAUUAAGUGGCGGGGCUUCUCUCACCAAAGUUAAUAUCAACACUCUACUCGCCGCACCACAACAUUGGUGCAGUAAAAUUUAAAUCCAGACAAACUCUGUUACAUGUGACAACUAGUAGCAGGGGGAUUGAACACGUCCAGGCUGUGCUGUUCUGGGUGACGGCACUGUCUGCGCUGAACCAUUCACACAAAAGCCGAGCCACUGAAGUCCUCUUGUAACCUCUUUUUAUUCUCACUUCCGCUGUGAUCACCAACCUCACUUUAUAACUGAAAUAAUUAAAUCCAGGAUCAAGCUGCUUGAAUGAGCUUUGAAGGAAAACGUUUCAAAGUUCACGCAUCUGUCAGACUCACUCACACAAGGGCAGGAGUCGCAGGUUUUGAUCUCAGCUUGGGAGAUUUGCUGGCUUGACCGGGGCAUCGUGGUUGGAGAGUGGCGGCUGUAACAGUGUGACUGUGUUGUGUCAAGGAGCACGUUUGUUUGUAGUGAUGGAAUUUCAGCUCCUAAAUCGAUUGUUUUUAUUUGUC